AUGGAUGUGUGCAAAGCCAUCUCUGGUGAGACAGUGGCUCUUCUUGAUCCAGAUGACUUCCAAGGUCAAACAGCCAUGGCUCUCAAGCAGAGACUGUCAUCACAGAUGGGUGUUUCGAGAUUCCGACUCAUACUCUUGACGGAAGAUGGUGUCGCGAUCCGGCAUGAUGAGGUGUUUGCCGCGACCCCAAUCAAGCUCCAGCUGCUGUUCUUGGACUUCUUGCCUGCGGAUGUUGAAGAGGACCAGCGGAUGAUGGUAGCAUCUCGGAAGAAUGAUCUGCUGACGCUUGAAGCCUUACUUAAAGGCCCUCGGAAUCCCGACAUCGCGGAUCACGGCGGCCGGACGCCCCUGCACCAUGCUGCCUUGGGUGGACAUGUGGCAGCUGCGCAGCUAUUGCUGGAAGCCGGUGCGGAGAAAGAUCCCACGACCAGCACAGGCAAAACGCCGCUGUGGAUGGCGGCUCAAGGUGGGCUUCUUGAGGUCGUCCGUUUCUUGGUGGAGGUUGGCGCAGACAAAGAUCACGCGGACACUGGUGGCACAACACCUUUCUGGACUGCAGGUGAAUUUGGGCACCUGGAUGUUUGUGGCUUUCUGCGAGAAGCUGGUUGUUCCCAAGAUCCUAUCUGA